GUAUUUUUUAAGUUGAGUUUAAAUUUUUUUGCGAAAAUCGCAAACUAUUUGCGAAAGUUUUCAUGUAGUAUUAUUAAUACAUUUUAAAUUUUAUUAAAUAUCUCACAGUAGAAAAUAAAAGGUUUUGGUAUUAUUGUUUUAACAGAAAUGCAUUAUGUACAAAAAUAUGUGGAAAAGUUACAAAAUCCUAAAACAAAUAAUACUCCAAUAAGUAAUGGAUUUAAAACAAACAUAUUUCUAUAUUGUAGCUACUAUAGCUUCUAUUCUCAAAAGGUUUUGAUGGCACUUUAUGAAAAAAAUAUAGAAUUUGAGCCUCUGUUAAUCGAUAUUACGAAAGGAGAGCAAUAUUCUUCAUGGUUUCUCGAAAUCAAUCCCAGAGGGGAAAUUCCUGUGUUAAAAGUUAAUAAUGCUAUAAUACCAGAUUCAACUAGAAUUUUGGAUUACUUGGAAUUUUACCUAAACCAAGAAACUCCCCCAUUAAUUAAUGUUUCGGCAGACAACAAAGUAAUGAAAAAUGUCAACAUGUUUCGAGAGAUGAUAGAGGCUUUACCCGCAGGCCUUAUCACUGUUGGUUCAUUCUUUCACCCUCAUUUGUGUGGUACACCAAAAAUGCCAUUUAUAUUACCUGUACGAGAAGUACUUAAAAAUGGCGAUUUAUCUAACUCAAAUAAUUUGAGAAAAUUAGCAAAGACAAAUCCAAAAGCUGAAAAUAUUUUACUCUAUAAAGCAGAAAUACAAGAUAGAAAGCAUGAAAUUAUUACAAAUGAAGAAGAAUAUUUGAAAGUAUUAAAUGUAGUGGAUGAUGUUUUGUCACAUGUUGAAGAUCAAUUAACAAAACAGUAUCAAGAAAAUUGGCUGUGCUGUGAGCAAUUUAGUAUUGCUGAUAUCAAUUUAGCUGUGUUACUACAACGUCUCUGGGAGUUAGGCCUAGAAGAGAGAUUCUGGACACGAGGGAAACGUCCUCAUAUUGAACAAUAUUUUGAGCGUGUAAAGGAACGAGAAUCAUUUAAAAAGACAAUGCCAAGUCUGCCUGUACAUAUUAAAAUGAUAGUUACUUCACAGCCUCCCGCAUAUAUUGGGGCAGCAGGUGCUAUCUCAGCAGGAAUGGUUCUUGCUUUGGCCUAUUUCUUUAAAAAACUUAUAUAUUAAAAGGAAAAGUAUUAAGAAAAAUUUAGGCUGUGUAUCAGAAGUACAACAAAUGUACUCGCAUUUGUAUUUAUAUAAUUAUUCUAUAAUAACUUAAUCUCAAUUAUACUUCAGUAUUAUAUUUACUAUAAGAGUAAUAAGAUGUUUUGAACAGGUAAAAUAUUUAUUUUAAAAUUUGUUUAAAUAAAAUAUUUUACUGUAGAUAAUUAAAUUAAAAUGAGAAUAAAAAAUGUCACACUUUAAGUGUUUAAAUAAACUA